AUGCCCCGUAUAAAGGCCAUCUUGGCGCUCGCCAUGGCCGCACUUCUGUUGCGGUGCGCCGCCUCGCCCGCUGCUCUUGUCGUUGCUCCAGCCUCUGUCAUGCCUCGGUGGGAUCUGCAAGCCGUCCUAAGCACGGCUGCCGCAGCCUCGGUAGCUGCCAACCGCGUCGUCGAUCUGGCCGGUCCCGGCUGGACGCUGUCCAAUCCCGCCCUGAACAUAUCCGUUCCUGCCCAACUGCCGUCCCAGGCCCAUCUCGAUCUGUUUGCCGCCCAGGUCAUAGGUGACCCGUACUACGCACUCAACGACUUCGACUUGCGUUGGGUUGCCUGGGCCAAUUGGACUUACACUUCGCCUCCUCUUGCCGCUCUGCUGAACUCCAGUGCCUCAUCUAGCUUCCUGCUUUUCAACGGCCUCGACACAUUUGCCAGUAUUGAGCUCUGCGGGGAGCACGUGGCAGCUACCAACAACCAGUUCCGGCAGUACUAUUUCGAAGUCACGGACAUUGUGAAGAGCUGCCCCGUAGCCCCAGUGCUGAGCAUUAAUUUUGGAAGUGCCCCGGCGAUUGCGAACGAAAUAGCGGCAGAGCCGGGGCAGGAAACCUGGCCCUAUGGCGUGCAGGGCCUUUUCGAAUUUCCGAACCGACAUUUCAUCCGAAAGGAGCAAAGUGACUUUGGCUGGGACUGGGGCCCCGCUUUCGCUCCAGCUGGUCCAUGGCAGCCUGCCUUUGUCGUCGAACUUGGCCUAGACGAAAUUCAUGUCCGUAAUACGUUAGUGGACAUUUACCGAUUGGGCCAGUUGAAUAACCUGCCACCGGAUCAGUCUCAGCCAUGGGUGCUGAAUGCAAGCGUCGAUUUUCUUGGCCACGGCCCAUCUGGAAUGGGAUUGAAUUUUCGACUUCUUGAUGCACAAAACACCACCGUAACAUCCGGCACUUUGCUGAAUAUCACAGUUGGCGAAGGCGUCAUUACUGGAAGUACCAUGAUUCCAUCUGACUUGGUUGAGCUCUGGUGGCCAGCAGGGCUUGGCGCUCAAACGCUUUACAAUCUAGAAAUCAUCGUCGUUGAUGCUACGAAUGCCUCGCUUGCAACAAUCAACAAGCGGACUGGAUUCAGAACCAUCGUCUUGAACGAGUCGCCGAUAUCAGACGAACAACUGGCCAAGGGAAUUGCUCCAGGAAACAACUGGCACUUCGAAAUCAAUGGUCAUGAAUUCUACGCAAAGGGCUCCAAUUUCAUCCCGCCCGACGCCUUCUGGGUUCGCGUUACAGAAGAACGCAUACGGCAGCUCUUCCAGGCUGUCGUCGUCGGUAAUCAGAACAUGCUACGAGUUUGGUCUUCCGGCGCCUACUCGCCGGAUUUCAUGUAUGAUCUCGCCGAUGAAAUGGGAAUUCUUCUCUGGAGCGAGUUCGAAUUUGGCGAUGCUCUCUACCCGGUCAACCAAGACUUCCUGGACAACGUACGUGCCGAAGCUACGUACCAAGUUCGACGCGUAAAUCAUCAUCCUUCCCUGGCAAUGUGGGCGGGCGGCAAUGAGUUGGAAAAUUUAGAGCUCCCAAUCGCUGAAGAAGCAUCUCCAGAGGACUUUCCGCGCUUGUUGGCCGAGUACGAGACCUUGUUUCUUGACACGCUCGUACCGGUCGUUUUUGGCAAUAGUAAAAGUAUUUCCUACGCUCCGUCAUCCACAACCAAUGGUUGGUUGUAUCUCAACCACAGCGCCCCAAGACCGAUGAUUGAGAGAUACGAGAACACGACUGAAGGUAGCAUCUACGGCGACACCGACUAUUAUAACUACAAUUCCGCUCUCGCCUUCAAUUACAGUUCUUACCCUGUCGGCCGUUUCUCAAACGAAUUUGGCUAUCAUUCCAUGCCGUCUCUUCAGACAUGGCGUCAAGCUGUCGAUGAAGAAGACCUAUGGUUCAACUCCACCGUGAUUCAGCUCCGAAACCACCACUACCCGCCAGGCGGAUUGAAUACUACCAACUUCGCAAAUACCUCUAAAGGAAUGGGUGAGAUGACGGUAGCUGCACAAAGAUGGUAUCCAGUUCCCAACAAGGAAGAUUCCAUUGCCAAUUUCUCCGCCUGGUGCCAUACGACCCAGAUCUUCCAGGCAGACUUCUACCAAAGCCAGAUCAUGUUCUACCGCCGUGGAAGUGGUAUGCCAGAACGCCAACUUGGCUCUCUGUACUGGCAACUUGAAGAUAUCUGGCAAGCACCAACGUGGGCGAGCAUCGAGUAUGAUGGACGCUGGAAGGUGCUGCACUACGUCGCCAAGGAUAUCUAUCAAAACGUCAUCAUCACGCCGUUUUUGAAUCGUACUACGGGCGAUCUUGAAGUGUAUGUCACUUCCGAUCUCUGGACUUCCGCCACCGGCACUGCGAACUUCACUUGGGUCAACUAUGCGGGCAAGCCGCUCAACAUCAGCACGCCAACUUCCGCAACCGUCCACGUAGGAGCGAUCAACACCACCCGUGUUCUCAGUACAAACACGGAUGAGAUUCUAUCCGGCUUCGAUCCCACUGACGUACUGCUCGUGCUUGACGUCGAGGUUGAAGGGUCACUGCCUAAUGCGAAUACAACCGAGAGGUUCGCGCAUCGCAACUGGUGGCAUGCAAGCACUCUCGCUGAGGCAAAUUUGGUUGACCCGGGACUGUCUGUCACCCACUCGGGGGAUGCUGGCAGCGGGACGUUCAUCGUCACAGCCGAGAAAGGUGUAGCAUCUUGGGUCUGGAUAGAUUAUCCCGCAGGCGCGGUGGUAUUCUUCGAUGAGAACGCCUUCUGGCUGCUUCCUGGGGAGAGCAAGCAAGUCGGAUAUACCAUUCAGAAAGACGACACAGGCGGUGCGUGGGUAGAUGGGGUGACAGUGAGAAGCUUAUGGGACAACACCCUGCCUUAA